AUGCGCCCCUGUACCGCCUCCUCAUGCUGCUGCCAGGUCCAGAGUGUGUCAUGGGCCCCCGUACCGACUCCUCAUGCUGCUGCCAGGCCCGUAAUCUGUCAUGGGCCCCUGUACCGCCCUCCCCAUGCUGCUGCCAGGUCCAGAGUGUGUCAUGGGUCCCUGUAUGGCCUCCCAUUGCUGCUGCCAGGCCCGUAAUCUGCCAUGGGCCCCCGUACCGACUCCUCAUGCUGCUGCCAGGCCCGUAAUCUGUCAUGGGCCCCUGUACCGCCUCCUCAUGCUGCUGCCAGGUCCAGAGUGUGUCAUGGGUCCCUGUACGGCCUCCCAUUGCUGCUGUCUCUAUCGCCACACUCUGCCAUGUGCCACUUUCAGGUCUCCUCACACUGCUGGUGGUUUCCAUUUUUGUCAUAGGGUGCUGUAUGGCCUCCCAUUGCUGCUGCCUCCACCGCCACACUGUGGCUCCACACUCUGGUUUUGGCCCCGUGACUGCCCAAAUGAGUGAAGUGUGCGGUGAUUCUAAGAUCGACGGCACUCAUCUGCAUGUCAUACUGACUGACAGUAUUAUUUCUCUUCCCCAGCAGACUCCAAGGGCAUUUAAAUUAAAGGUACAGUGUUCUGCACUAAUAUUA